AUGAUUGGAUUUUCGUGGACGUACUCGCUCAGUCUUCCCAGACUCGAACACUAUAGAGAACACCUCUGGAACGUAUAUUUCAAAUUUGUGUAUGACGGGUUAAUGGACGAGUUUAAAAUGCAUUUGCUGGACAAAAAGGAGUGUCCCUGGUAUGACACCGACAAGUCGAAAAUAAAUGAGAAAAUGAAAAAUCCACUUGUGUUUGAAAGCAGUUUCUCACCUUGUGGAGCCCCUGCACUUCUUCAAUUUUGUGAAUGCAACAGAAUGAAGAAUCCUGUGGAUACACAGAGAAAUCAUUCCGGAGCUCAAAAGACUGAUUUCGGGGUGCCUGGCACGAGAGAUAAAUGGGUCAAUGAGGAUCCACAGCGUGAAAAACAGAUCUAUGACGUUUCAUUUUCUGCACUGACUAAAGACCCAAUCGGAGAAACGAAAAAGAUCUAUAAAUACUUUGGAAUGGAAUAA